AUAAGAUAAAAGUUGCUCUUCCACUUCGACAUCCUACUAUCGCCACCCCCGAUUUCCUAGUGUAUAUUCUACUCACUCUCCAGGGACAGAGUUUCAAUGGCAUCAAUUCAAUAAAUCAAACAAACCACCACCAACAAAACCCAGAGAAGAAAACCUCCGGCGAAGACCGACCGCAACCAUGUCCGAAGUCCGCCAACGCCAGAAACCCACCAACAACAACAAGGGCACCAGCAAAGCCGGGAGCACCAACAGCAGCAACAAGAAAGCCAGCAGCAGCAGCAGCAAAAAUGCCCGCGGCCUCAGCAUCCUCGACAUCAUCCGCGUGCUGGCCACGCUGGUGAUCGCCUCGUGCGGUCUCUCCUACUACAUGACCUCGUCGGAGUCGCUCCUCUGGGGCUACCGCCCAUGGUUUACCCGACUGCCCGUGCUCAUGCGGUUCCUGCAAGGUCCCCUAACCCUAACCCCGGCGCAACUGGCCCUCUACAACGGCACCGACCCGAGCCUGCCGCUGUACCUCAGCGUGAACGGCACGGUCUUCGACGUCAGCGCGAACCCGCUCGUCUACGGGCCCGGCGGCCACUACAACUUCUUCGUGGGCCGGGACGCCACCCGCGCCUUCGUGACGGGCUGCUUCCAGGAGGACCUGACCUCGGACCUGACGGGCGUCGAGGAGAUGUUCAUGCCCCUCGACGACCCCGCCGAGCUGGCCGCCCUGCCCUCCGGCGAGCGGAAGAAGCGCCACGAGCAGGACGUCCGCUACGCUCGCGGCCGCAUCGAGCGCGCCGUCGCCCACUGGCAGGGGUUCUUCCGGAACCAUCAACGGUAUUUUGAGGUGGGGAGGGUGGUGGGGUUGGAGGAGGAGGUUGCGGCAUCGAAGAAGGAUGAAGGUGGGGAGGGUGCUGGUGCUACGAGGGAAUUGUGUAAGGCGGCGAGGCAGCAGAGGCCGACGCGGAAGCAGGUGCUGGAGGCGCAGGCUGCGGGGAAGAGGUGAUUUGGGGUUUGUAUGCUGAGGGUGUGAGGCGGUAUUGUCGGUUCCAUAGGUUGUAUAUGAAUAUGUUGGAGCAUAUUGGUCGUCAGGGACAGCCGUGUGGUGCAGUUGAUAGAGUAAUGCCGUAUCCUCCUACGCAUAUUCAUCCCAUACCUCAAGGUACAGUACCACCCUACGACCGGAAGACAAAUAUUUGGAACAGAUCAUUUUUUUGGUUGUUUUUGAUUUCGAAAUUGAUUGC